CCCCGCCGCCCUGCCCCGCACGGUUUGGGGCAUGCCUGUGAGCAUGUUCAGCAUCGACAAUAUCCUGGCGGCCAGACCUCGCUGCAAGGACUCGGUGCUGCUGCCCCCGAGCGCCGCGCCCGUCGUCUUCCCCAGCCUCCACGGGGACUCGCUCUACGGCAGCGCCUCCGACUACGGCGGAUUUUACUCCCGGGCGGUGGCUCCCGCCUCCGCGCUGCCGCCGGCCGUCACUGGAUCUCGGCUCGGCUACAACAACUACUACUACGGGCAGCUGCAUGUGCCGGCGUCCCCCGUGGGCCCUUCGUGCUGCGGCGCCGUGCCGCCUCUGGGCGCUCAGCAGUGCUCCUGCGUCCCCCCCACAGGUUACGAGGGCACUGGGUCAGUCCUGAUGUCCCCUGUUCCCCAUCAGAUGUUGCCCUACAUGAACGUGGGCACUUUGUCCCGGACGGAGCUGCAGUUACUGAACCAGCUGCACUGCAGGCGAAAAAGGCGGCACCGGACUAUCUUCACUGACGAGCAGCUGGAAGCGCUGGAAAACCUCUUCCAGGAAACGAAAUACCCAGACGUGGGCACGAGGGAACAGCUGGCCAGAAGGGUGCACUUAAGAGAGGAAAAAGUGGAGGUUUGGUUCAAAAACCGCCGGGCGAAGUGGAGGAGGCAAAAGCGAUCGUCUUCGGAGGAAUCAGAAAACGCACAAAAGUGGAAUAAAGCGUCUAAAACGUCACCGGAGAAGAGACAAGAGGACGGGAAAAGUGACUUGGACUCUGACAGCUGAUACUUCUAAGCGGGGGGGACAUUUCCCGUGGACUGUCGGAUACGCUCCAGAGGAUGCUACUAAUCUUGCACAAGAUCUGCCUUGUUGGAGGGGGAACAUAUCUGUAUAUAAUGUACAAUGCCCCGAGCUAAUUCCGUGUAAAUAAAAUGUGUUGCGGAGGUGUUGCACAGGUA